AUGAGUUCUUUCAUUCUUAUUUCGAUCUUUAUUUCCCUUGCCUCGUCUUUAGCAACAGGAGCCCAAUACAAUGUGCUCACUUAUGGAGCCAAACCAGAUGGCACAACUGACUCUACCAGGGCUUUUAUAUCCGCAUGGAAACAUGCAUGUGCAUCUACUAGGCCUGCCACCAUUAAAAUAUCGGCAGGGAGGUUCUUUAUCAGCAAAAUCCUGUUCCAGGGUCCAUGCAAGAACACUGCAAUCUUAAUAAGUAUAGAUGGAACACUUGUGGCUCCAUCUGAUAUUUGGGCAAUUGGUAAUGCUGGAAAUUGGCUCCAUUUUGAGAAUGUCAAUGGGGUUACGGUUUCUGGAGGCGUCCUUGAUGGUCAAGGCAGUGGCUUGUGGUCCUGUAAGGCAUCUGGCAAGCAUUGCCCCAGCGGUGCAACGUCCUUACGCUUUUCUGGGUCAAGAAAUAUCGCAAUCACUGGGUUGACAUCACUAAACAGCCAAAUGUUCAAUAUUGACAUCAAUGGCUGCCACAAUGCAAAACUACAAGGAAUUACAGUUUCCAGCCCUGGUAACAGCCCCAACACCGACGGCAUCCAUGUUCAAAUGUCAAGUGAUGUAACAAUCUUGAACUCAAAGGUUGGAACUGGAGAUGACUGCAUUUCAAUUGGCCCUGGCACCACCAACUUGUGGAUAGAAAACUUUAUAUGUGGUCCUGGCCAUGGGAUUAGCAUUGGAAGUUUAGGCAAGGAUCUUCGAGAGGCUGGAGUGCAGAAUGUGACAGUUAAAUCUGCCAGGAUUGCUGGUACUCAAAAUGGGCUAAGAAUCAAGUCUUGGGGGAGACCCAGUAGUGGAUUUGCUAGGAACAUUAUCUUCCAACAUGUUGCUAUGAACAAUGUCAAUAAUCCUAUAGUAAUCGACCAAAAUUACUGCCCACAUAACAAAAAUUGUCCUGGCCAGGCAUCUGGCGUUAAAAUUAACGAUGUGACAUACCAAGACAUCCAUGGAACAUCAGCCACAGAAGUUGCAGUGAAAUUUGAUUGCAGUAAAAGGAAUCCAUGCACUGGGAUCAGAAUGGAGGAUGUAAAGAUCACUUACAAUAAUCGACCAGCAGAUGCAUCCUGUAACAAUGCCAAUGGAAAAGCUUCAGGUGUCGUCCAACCUAGUAGCUGCCCGUCAUAA